AUGUCGACAAUGGACGCGCAGGAUGAGCUGGAGGAGGCGGUGAGCCGAAUUUACGGCGAGUGGCUUGCGCGAGGCGGCGGCCGCUCCGGCUCUCGGACUCGGGGCGCGGAGGGGGAACAGGCGGCGGGCGGAAGGCGGAAGGAGCGGGGCGGGAGCGGGGGAGAGGGGCUGCGACUGCUACGGGAACGCCACGUGCGAUUCUUGUUGAAAGGAUUGGACCACCUCUCGAGCAGCUAUGCCAGCCUGGAUGCCAGUCGGCCAUGGCUGGUGUUCUGGAUCGUGCACUCCCUCGCCCUCCUCGAGCAUCCUCUUGACGCCUCUCUUGCUGCUCGGUGCGCCGACACACUGCGCCGCUGCCAGAAUCCAGAGGGCGGCUUUGGAGGUGGGCCUGGGCAGCUGGCCCACUUAGCCACCACGUAUGCAGCUGUGGCAGCGCUGGUGACGGUGGGAGGGGAGGAGGCUCUCUCUGUGGUCAACAGGAAAUCGAUGCUUGCCUUUCUGCGCCGCAUGAAGUGCCAAUCAGGAGGUUUCAGGCUCCAUCAAGGGGGGGAGACGGACGUGAGGGGGUGUUAUACUGCUAUGGCGGUGGCGCAUCUUCUCUGCAUCCCCACACCUGACCUCUCAGAGAACGUGGCAGCAUAUGUGCACAGCUGUCAGACCUACGAAGGAGGCAUCGGAGGGGAGCCUGGCGCAGAAGCACAUGGGGGCAUUGCUGCACCAGAAUGUUCCUCCGCUGACAGCAUCUCAUUUCCUCUUUCACCCAACCACCUCCUGCCAAUCCUCUGCUUUGGCCACAACCCCUCCAUCUCCCCAUCACCUCUCCUGCCAUCCCAUGCAUUGCAGGACUGGCUGGUGUUUCGCCAGGGCAGUGUGGAGGGGGGGUUUCAGGGGCGAAGCAACAAGCUGGUGGACGCCUGCUACAGCCUCUGGCAGGGUGGCCUCUUCCCUCUCCUCGCCCUCUGCUCCUCCUCCCACACCCGCCCCACUGGCGAUGCCAGCUCAGCGCAACAGCCGAGCAAAGUGAGCUCAGUGCCGCGUACGGAGGGUGCAGGGGGAGAGCAGCAAGGCAUGCAGGCGGACAACAAUGGGGAGGAGAGGGGGGCUGUUGGCGAGCCCAGUGGUGUCGCUGGUUGUUCCGGCCAAGAAAAGAGCCAAGAAGAGAGCGGCGCUCAAGAGCGCUCCAGUGGAAGCGAAGGCGGUGGAGGUGAUGGGAGAGGUGGAGAGGGGGCGGAGGAUGAGGAGGAUGAGGAGGAGGAAGAUGAGGAGGAUGAGUGGGAGGAAGCAGAUGUGGAGUCGUUUCACCGUGUUCCCUUGGCGGCUGCUGCUGACCUCUUCCCUUGCCCCGAGUCUCUCUUACCGCCUGCUGGAGCUGGGGAGGGAGGCGAGAGGACGGGAGGAGAGAGGGGGGGAGGAGAGGAGAGGGGAGGGGAGGGAGAGGAGGGGAGGGAAGGGGCGGCAGGUGCAGUGCGAGGGGAGUCGGGGGACAGGGCAACUGCACGUGGUGGGAGUGAUUGGGUUGGCAGCUUCUGUUACAACGACGUGGCGUUACAGGCAUACCUGCUGCUCUGCUGCCAGAUGCCAGAGGGGGGACUGAGGGACAAGCCAGGCAAGGCACGCGACUACUACCACACAUGCUACGCCCUCAGUGGCCUCACAGCGGCCCAGCACUCCCAUCCAGUGGCCUUACCCACCCACACCCAUGCCCCCCAGCAAGCUGCGGCUAGUGUGGAUGUAGGAGUGGGGGGAAGUGUGUUAGGGCCUGUUUCGAAUUUUCUGGCCGUGGCGGAGCCUCGAUGUAAUGUCAGGCGGGACAAGUAUGACGAAGCGAUUCUGUUCUAUGAGGAAUCAUCAGGCCUGCGGUCGAUCCGGUAUGCGAAGGAGAUCCCGGGGGUGGGCGCGGUGGUGGCACUGGACAACGACCCCGUGGCUGGCCUGGCAGCAUCAGGCCUCAGGUCGAUCCGGUAUGCCAAGGAGAUCCCGGGGGUGGGCGCGGUGGUGGCACUGGACAACGACCCCGUGGCCGUGCAGGCCUGCCAACGCAACGUGGAUCUGGACCCGUAUGGGACGCCGUCAGUCUUCCUGGACGGGGCGGUGCAGGCAGUGGCGGAUGGGGGCAUGCUGCUGGUGACAGCUACUGAUAUGGCCGUGCUGUGUGGCAACAACGCCGAGGUCUGCUACUCCAAGUACGGGGCCUAUCCACACCGUGCCAAGUACUGCCACGAGAUGGCCAUCCGCAUACUGCUUGCCUCCAUCGAAAGUGCAGCGAACCGGUUCAAGCGGCACAUAGUGCCGGUGUUGUCCGUGUCCGUUGAUUUCUACAUCCGCGUGUUUGUGCGCGUCUUCACGUCGGCGCAGGCAGUGAAGGCGACCCCCAGCAAGCUGGCACACGUCUUCCAAUGCUCUGGAUGUGACUCCUACCACCUGCAGCCCGUGGGGCGGGUUGUUGAGGGGCGAGCAAAGAAACCAGACGCCCCUCCCCCUCCCCCCAGGUACCUCCCCGGUUUGGGCCCAGUGAUUCCCCCUGCGUGUGAGCACUGCGGGCGGCAUCUAAGCAUUGGAGGGCCCAUGUGGUCGGCGCCCAUCCAUGACGCCAGCUGGGUUCGGCUGGUUCUGGGGGAGGUGCAAGCAGGGAAGGGCAGACUGGCUGGGUUCGGCAAGGUGCAUGGGCUGCUGACUGCCGUGUCUGAGGAGCUGCACGACAUCCCGCUGUACCUAGAUCUGCAUGAGAUCAGCGCCACGCUCAAGUGCACGCCGCCCAGCAUGCUGCUGUUCCGCUCCGCGCUGGUCAAUGCAGGGCACCGCGUGUCGGGGGCGCACUCCAACCCACUUGGCAUCAAGACCGACGCCCCGUUGGGGCUCAUCUGGGAUGUCAUGCGCUGUUGGAUCCGAGACCAUCCGGUGAAGUCCCAAGGGGAGGGCAGCCCAGCUGACACGAUUCUGGCCAAGCCACCCACGACUGAGGUCAACUUUGCCAAGGCCCCCAAGGCGUUGAGCAAGGCGCAGCAGAAGGGAGUGGCACGAUUCGUGCCCAACCCAGAGGCAUACUGGGGCCCCAAGCCACGUGCUGGGAGGAAGGACGCCACUGCCAUGGCUGUGCUGGCACGGGAAGAAGGCGCGGUGGGGAAGGAGCAGGCUGGGCAGGCGGAUGGGAAAGGGGAUGAGAUGGCCGAGUGA